AUGACUGGUAAAACUCUUCUCUAUGUUCUUCGAUUCGAUGAAUCUGUCGCUCGUGAAGGAGAUCGUUCGGAGAAGAAGAUUCACGGUGAUAUCGAUGAGAGUAAAGUGAAAGCGCCAAACAUGUUCGAAAGAGCCAAAGAGGAGUUUGAGGCUGUUAUUGGUGCUAUUCAUCAACACAAGAGUUCGAGGGACGGCUUUGAUAAAAUGGAAUUCAAAUCUGAGAAACCAGAGGAUGGAAAGAAAAAGCCGAAUAUGAUAAGAAAGGCGAAGGAAGAAAUCAAAUCUUUGUUCCAGCACAAGGAGAAACCUCAUCGCCAUCAUUUUCAUCACCACAAAGAAACUCAUGGAAGGAGUGAAGAUAUCAAUGAGAAUACACCGGUGGAGGAAGUGAAGGCUCCUAAUGUUUAUGAGAGAGCCAAGGAAGAGAUCGAGGCUGUCAUCGAGACCAUCCAUCCCAAGAAGAAAGAAAUUGGCGACGGUUCUGAUUCGCCUAAGCAUUCUGAUUCGCCUAAGCGUUCUCGGUCCGUCUCACCGGAGAAGGAGAGAGCUGGAUUCGGAUGCUCUAUUGGAAAAGGGCUGGAAAAGAUUUGCUCUCCUUGGGGUGAUGAUAAAAAGGAUUGA